AUGCAUUGUCCUACCAAGCCACAUCUUGGUGCUGCCAAAAAAGUGUUGCGUUAUAUUGUUGGGACUGUUGACUUCGGGAUUUGGUACUCCAAAGUUGCAGAUUUCAGCUUGAUAGGGUACAGUGAUAGUGAUUGGGCAGGAAGUAUAGAUAACAGAAAGAGUACUUCUGGAAAUGUUUUCAAUUUAGGAUCUAGAGCAAUUUCUUGGAGUUCAAAGAAACAAGACGUGGUUGCAUUAUCAUCAUCAAAAGCAGAGUAUGUUGCUGUAACUUCAGCAGCAUGUCAGGCCAUAUGGUUACAAAGAUUGUUGAUUGACAUUUUCUAUCGGCAGAAGGAUGCAACAAAGAUAUUCUGUGAUAACAAGGCAACAAUUGCAAUGACAAAGAAUCCAUCUUUUCACAGCAGAACAAAGCACAUUGACAUUCGUUAUCAUUUCAUUCGUGACCUGACAGCAAAAGGUGAUAGAGUUAAAGUUCUGCGUCCAAAAAGGCAAAGGGUUGUAGCCUUGGCGCUUCCCGAUAUGCAACUUCAAGGCACAAUUUCCUCCUCUUUGGCCAAUUUUUCCUUUCUCAGCAUGCUCAAUCUCAAGAACAACAGCUUCCAUGGUGGCAUCCCUUACGGACUUGACCACUUGCCUCGCUUGCGAGUGAUUGAUGUGAGUAUUCCAACAAAUCUAUUUCAACACCGGAGAGUUCAAGUAAUUUCACUGGCUUUCAAUAAACUCGGUGGUGAAAUGUGGAAAGGGCCAUGGUAUGUACCAGAGCUAAGAGUCUUAAAUAUGGGGAACAAUAGCCUCACGGAUAUAAUCCCUCCUUCUGUUAAACUUCAGUUUGUCUGGGAACAGAAUCAGUGGCAACAUUCCAAAAGACAUCGGUAUCUGAGCCAACUUGCAUUUUUGGUCUUGUACGAUAAUCAGUUAACAGGUUCCAUUCCCACAUCGCUAUUUAAUAUCUCGUCGCUGUUUGUCGUGUCUCUGGUAUUCAAUAGCCUUUAUGGUUCUCGCUUGCUUGGUGAAGGGAAUAUUGUGUCAAAUCUGAAAGAGCUCCAAGUUUUGUCCAUAUCUUUCAACAACAUAACUGGAGAGAUACCCAGAAAUAUUGGUUGUUUAUCCAAACUCGAGGAGUUUUAUAUUGGUGAUAAUCCAAUAAAAGGGACCAUUCCCGCUUCAUUGGCCAAUAUUUCCAUUCUGCAAUAUGUUUCCUGUAAAAGAAAUUGCUUGGAGGGGCCAAUUCCUCCAGAAUUGGGGAAGCUAUCAAAUUUGAGGCAAUUAGGCUUUGGCCAUAAUUAUAAUCUUAUUGGUCAAAUUCCAGAUGUUAUUUUCAAUGUAUCUUCUUUAGAAAGGAUAGCUGUCAAUUUCAACAACCUUUCGGGGACACUUCCAGGCACUACAGGUCUUCAUCUUCCAAACCUUAAAGAACUUAUCUUGGGAGUCAAUCAGAUCGAAGGGGAAUUUCCAUUGUUCAUAACAAAUGUUUCCAAGCUUGAGAUACUGGACCUAUCAGAUAACUUUUUUACAGGAACUAUUCCAACUACUUUGGGUAAUCUCCGUGAGCUGCGUGGACUGUUCCUGCAUAGUAAUCAACUUACCAAUGAACCAAGAGAGCAUGAGUUGCAAUUUUUCAAUUCUUUGGCGGACUGUAGGAUGUUGCAAUAUCUAGAAGUGGGUUCUAAUCCGUUGAAUGGCGUUCUUCCCAAUUCGAUUGGGAACCUUUCAUCUACUACUGAAGUAGUACGUUUAGCAGAUGCACACAUCAGUGGCUUCAUACCCGCUAAUACAGGCAACAUAAGUGGUCUUAUUAUCCUAGACUUUCAAAAUAACAACUUGAUGGGAAACAUUCCUGCUGAGAUUCGUAAGCUAAAACAACUCCAAGGUUUGUUUCUACAGUACAAUAAAUUUCAGGGACAUAUUCCAGAGGCAGUAUGCCAUUUAUCUAAUUUGGUUAAAUUAUUUUUGCAAGUUAAUGAGCUCUAUGGACAGAUCCCCGAAUGCAUAGGCAAUCUAAGCAUGCUACAAGACCUUUAUUUGGGUUCUAACAAAUUUCCAUCCAAGAUUCCUUUGAGCCUUUGGAAGAUGAGUGGUCUUCUCUAUGUAGAUGUGUCACGAAAUUCUAUAGAGGGAGAAGUUCCACCAGAUAUUGGAGAACUGAAGGCCAUUCUAGAACUAUACCUUUCAAGUAACAACCUUUCAGGCGUAAUACCAAGUAGACUGGGGGAACUCCUGAGCCUGCAGUAUCUUGACCUAUCAAACAAUUCAUUUUCCUGUCAAAUUCCAUUAUCCUUUGCCAACUUGAUAAGCUUAGAAUUCUUGUAUCUGUCUUUAAAUACCUUGUCAGGUACUAUUCCUAAGUCCUUGGAAAAACUCUCAUACCUUAAAAGCAUUAAUGUUUCACUUAAUGUUUUAGAUGGUGAGAUACCAAGUGGUGGCGUGUUUGCAAAUUCCACUCUGCAAUCAUUUCUUGGGAAUAAAGAUGUAUGUGGAAUGCACAUAUUGGAGGUUCCUUCUUGCCCUAUCACUAAAUCUGGACAACAAUCAAAGUCUAACAAGUUUGUGCUAAAAAUUGUUAUUCCAGUGCUUACUUCCUUUAUGAUAUUGUUGUUGGUCUCGAUCUGGAUAAUGAAAAGGAAGAAAAUAGCAAAGUCCAAAGAUGUUGGAAAGGUUCCGGAGAUCAACACUUAUCCAUUGAUUUCUUAUCAUGAGAUUCAACGAGCAACAAGUAAUUUUGAUGGAUCAAAUUUAAUCGGUGUGGGAAGUUCUGGUCUGUGUACAAAGCAACAUUAUCUAGUGGAACUGUGGUGGCCAUAA